AUGAACGAGACGAGGAACCUGCAAGAGCUAUGGGAGGAGUAUCGAAACCUCUCCGUCGAGCAGGAUGCGCUACCGGGGCAGCCGACUAUUGCAAGGAAGACAACGGACCUGGACGACUUUAUGGCCUCGAUUAGGAAGCUCAGUACUCAGCCUGCGCCUUCGACGUCUGCCAUGCACGAUGAGUAUGCAGAGUGGGUGGCCACAACCGAUCCAGGCGAUUGUUUAGUGGAUGACCCGAUUCAAUACUGGCUUCUCCGAAGGCGCCAGUAUCCACGUCUGUCGCGGAUGGCAAUUGAUAGGGGUGCCGCAAGCUUACGGGUGCCGCACUUUUUGCGCUUCUCAUUGGCCCAAAUCCCACCUGUUAGUGCACCUGUACGCACCAGAAUUAUGCCGCAUUCUUGCGAGCUGGUUGACAAUUCGCGUCACAUCGCGGUAUCUCGGCCAUCGCAAUUAUUUCUCUCAACGCCCGACGAGUACAAUACGUUUAUCAACACGGCCACACUGAAACCGAGCACAACCAAUCGUAGAAAGAACCGCUGGAUAAUGACGUUAUCCCUGUUUAACAUCAAGGAGAUGGGGGACAAUCUGUUGGCAAACAAGAGAAGAGGCGUGAAAGAUAUAUGGAAGAGCGUUAAAAGGGACGGCAAGAAGCAGCAAGCCUUACAUUCGACUACUGGCUCGGUAGAUCAGUGUAUUAUAGUCAAACCGUAG